AUCUCAAUACACCUGUGACAUCAAGCUCAAGCUUAAGCCGGAGGUAGCUCUUGGUGGAGCCGUGGCCCAAGGACUUUAUUUUCCCACAGCCCCAGCAGCACAGGUUGCUUGUGGCUGUCGUUGUUGUUAACAUCCGUCCCCAGAGCCAGGGGCUAGAUCCUGUCAAGCUGGCCAGACUUAUGCAGGAAGGUCUGCGUACACUUGAAGGCGUGGAAGGCAGUGUUGGGGCUGAGGGUGUCGCCGCCCAGCAGGUCCUGGAGCUGGCCUCUUGGUGACAGGUGUGUGAUAAAGAGCAGUCAUACCAACGCCUGGCACGAGGGAAGAUAGCUACCAACCCAUGCAUCCCAAAAGCCUCGAGUCGUUGUGUGUGGACGAGUUGGUGGAUGCAACAGUGCGGUACCAGCGUGUCUGCUCUUGUGCUAAGAAUCUGUGGAGGGCCGUGGACGAGGUGUGGCGGGACGUGUGGCAGCUUGGUGGCAGCCUGGGGACGCGCGCCGCGGCAUUGAUGCAUGCCCACCUCUUGUGUCAGCAUCUGCUGGGUGAAGUCACGAAACAUGCAGGAAGGGUUCGUGUUCCUGAUGCAGCGCCAGCACUCAUAACGUUGUUGGCGGCCAAGAGUCAAACUGUAUCCGUGGUACCUGUGGAGCCUCAGCUGUUUAGGCUUGGGCCUGCGGCAGCAGCAGUCUUGGGCUGUGAUCACUUUCCUCUUACGGAGCUAAUCUUGACAGGCAUUGACAUGGAGUCAAAACUUGAUUUUCUAUUGCAUGUCCUUCCGUGCUGCAAAAGACUAUCAGUCCUCAAGUUGGGGGGUAACUGCACAGCGGCUGUACUGGAGGCGGCCCGGGGUUGUCCCCUGAAGGUGCUGCACCUGAGCGAGCGGCAGGUCUGGCAACCGAGGAUGACUGAAGCUGGUUUAGGCAAGUUCUUGAUUGGGUGUGUUGGAGCCAUGAAGUAUGUGUUGGAUAAUGUACGACGGGGUGAACAACCGAACUUUCAAACGGCUUGGCCCGACCUUACUGAAUUGUGUGUUGGCUGGUGCAAGGUGUCGGUAGAGUUUUUGCUUCUUCUUCUUGUUGCUGUACCAAGACUGCAGUAUUUAAGUAGCAAAAUAGUAGAUACCUCUGUCAUUGUAAGGCAAUAUGUAGAUUUAGCUUCCGAAGUGUCCAGCCUGCACAAGCUCUCUCUUAGAGCCAUCUCCGUUAUUUCUGAAAAUUUCUCUAAAACGUACCAUUGCUACCCCAGCGCUUCUAAGUUGCACGUGUUAAAUGUCACUGAUGUGGAAAGGUUUCUGUGGGAACUCCUUGGGGUAUCAAUGCAUCUGUCUAAUCUACAAGUCCUCAAGCUGACCCUAAUCCCAGGUCCUAUUCCCCACCCGCCGAGUCUUUUCCUUAAACAAGAGUUCGCUCAUUUCGGAAAACACAUUAAGGAGCUACACCUAGAGAAGGGACAUGGAGGUUUGGCCUCUACCUUGCUGAUCCUGUUCCCCUCUGUGCAACGGCUGCAUAUUACUGGAGACGCCAUGCUAAUUCCAAAGGAGACGGGCCUUAAAAUAACAUACCCUUCGGUUUCAAAGCUGGAAUGUGUUUGCAGUGAUUCGGCACAAUUGCUUCUAUAUCUGGUGCGUGUUUUCCCGAAUCUAGAGACGUUGAUACUGAAAAGUCAACGUGGAGGGAUGGCGUUGCAGUGGGAACAGUUGAACGAGCUAGGGGAGCUUAAAAACUUGACACUACUCGGAACCCUCGUGGAAAACAUCCCUGAUUUGUGUCUCAUCCCGAGAAAGACAACCGAUAAGAGGCACUGGCAGCUGAGUGUCGUUCCAGGCAGUGUGACUUCCAAAGACAUGAAGAAGUUGCGAUGGUGCGGCUGGACUUGCUUUUAUGUCAAGGACUAUUCUUGAAACUUGCCCAUCAGGUGCAAGGUGACGGCAACAUGAACAAAUUGCCAAGAGGCAGUUUGCUGUAUUUGGUCUACGUAAUUAUAAUUAAGAUUAUCUGACAACUUGAUAUAUAGCUUGUCAGGCAGGUAGCUAUAUCAGAACGCAAACUGAAUUGUCAUACAGAUUCUGAAAAGUAGAUAUAAAAGAUAUGUGAUUCCUUGCAUAUUUUGGGAGAAUAAUCUACUAUCUGUGUGUGCAGAACGAUAAUCAGCUUGUGCCGCGGCCACCUAGCCGCUGACCAAUUCGCCGCGGCCAACUGGCUGCGGCCAAUGGACCAUAUUGGCUAUACAGGCAGCGCCACAUGUGACCACUCGGUGAACUGUCAAAGCAGUACUUUCCAUAGAAUUCAAGUUCUGUACUAGAGUGCGUCUGAGGCUGCCUCCAGGAUACAUGGCCUUGGUACCGCCACCGCUCCAAGCCAACGACUGCACACACUUUACUCCUACCAGAUUUCCUGACUACUAUUUGAUAUGGAGAAAAACUGAAAUCGGGUAGGAGUGAAGUGUGUGCAAUCAUCGGCUUGGAGGGAUGGCGGCAUCAUGGUCGUGUAUCCCGGAGACAGCCUCAGACGCACUCUAAGUCUAUAACUUGAACUCUAUGGAAACGACAGCUUGGAGUUGAGUGGCCACAUGUGGCACUGCCUGUAUAGCCAAAACGAUCCAUUGAUCACCUCGGAAAUAUCUGUGAUAUUGUUAAUAAGAUACGAAUCUCUUGAUGAUUGACUUAGGUCGGGUUCCUAAGAUACGACUCUCUUAAAUUUGAAUCAUUAUGCUAUUUGGUAACCCUAAUGGAACCCAUUAACUUCCUCCGUUAACCCGCAUUUUUACUUUUAUAAAACACAUCGGAAGGUGACUGCGAUAAGGCAUUUGUUCACAUGGAAUAUUUGACUGAAGCAUUUGAAAAUCUCUCUGAUGAGCUUCCAGAUGAACCUAAAGUACUUCUUGAUUGGUUUGAGGAUAACUAUGUUGGCAGAAGAAACAAGCGAUAAUGGCAGAUGUGCUCCACUUUUUCCACAGGAAAUGUGGAACAUUUAUGAACUCUCCUUAAAUGACGAAGACAGGACAAGCAAUCAAGCAGAAGCUGCUCAUGGAAGGCUGCAAAAUGAACUUGGAGUGCAUCAUCCUACUGUUUGGAUAUUUAUUGAUGGUUUGAAAAAAGUCUAGCUUGGAAGAGACCUAUACUCCGAGCAGCUGAUCGCAGGGCAAAAUCCACCUGUCAAGUUGAAGAAAUACAGACAAGCAGAUAAAAAAAUUAAAGCAAUGUCCGUGAAUUUGAGGGUCGAAAUUUUGUUGAAUAUCUUGGGGGACUUGCCCAUAACUUUUCAUAGAUUUUUGCAGUUGCAUCUUAUUUUUUUCUUCUCAAUUACUUAAUAAAGUAAUUUUGAAAUUUUAGCAGUUUUGUAUAAGUAUCUUAUAUUUCUUUAUUCCAAUAGAGCACUCCAUAUUGAAAUUUCAACCCUCUUGUUUUAUCAAAUACAAUUUUAUCUAUCGACAACAAAAAGUUCCAUAUGGCUGCGAGUGGGCCGCGGCAACUAGUCUUACUGCUAAAUUUGGCAGCCAGUAGGCCGCGGCCAGUUUCCCGCGGCCAGUUAUCAUGCGGCCCGUUGUCCUAGACCCCUUGGAAAAAAUAUGUUGUUAGCUCGUGCUUCCAAACCAAAUGUGUCCCAUUUUAUGCAUGAACUCUUGAAACACCAUUAAAGUACACAGACUACAUUUUUUAUGUAAUAAGUACAAUGACAAACUCAUUUAGACCAGACAGUAGAUUGACAAAACAAUUUGUAAAUAUAUCUUGUAGAUAAGA